AUGAACGAUACGCAUCCCACUCUAUGCAUACCAGAGCUGAUAAGAAUAUUGAUAGAUGUGAAGGGUUUGGACUGGAAGGAAGCAUGGGGAAUUGCACGAAGAACUGUGGCCUACACUAACCAUGCUGUUCUACCCGAGGCUCUGGAGAAAUGGAGUUUAAACCUUCUGCAGGAACUGCUUCCCCGGCAUGUUGAGAUCAAUAAAAUGAUUGAUGAGGAGCUCAUAAAUACCAUAAUUGAGGAGUAUGGCGUGGAGGAUCUUGAAUUUUUGCAACAAAAACUGAAACAAAUGAGAAUUUUGGACAACAUAGAGUUACCUGCCUCCAUCUUAGAGCUGCUUGUUCCAUCAGAUGAAAGCCCUGUUUUUGAUCCGGUUGAAGAAAAUGAAAGUCCUGAAUCUUCUGCUGAAGUAAUAGAACCUUCUGACGAAGAAGAUCAAUCUGAAGGACAUGAGGCAGAGGAUACUGAGAACAAGGUGACAUUUAAACCAGACCCAAAACUGCCAAAGAUGGUCCGCAUGGCUAAUCUCUGUGUUGUUGGUGGGCAUACCAGUAAAUGGGGUUGCUGA